UGCAGAUGGUACUGUAGUGAAUCAAGGGUUGACGUUUUAGCGCUUCUGUGGGAAAUAAGUUCCAGGGUUACCAAAUGGAAACUGCAAGGAGGUGCUGACUUGCAGCUUCUCGUCAUUUACUUCACUGUUGUCUGUCGUCCACAGUGCCACUCCGGUCUGUUUCCCCAGGGGCAGGUGGAGCAGCCAUGUCCACUGGCUCUGCUGCAAGUGAUGCCGAGGACGACGAGACACGCCACAAAAGGACUACCGCUGCCUUGGAGGCCACCGCGCGGAAAGUCACCUGCUAUAAUCCCAGCCGGUACUCGGAGGAGGAGUUGGAAGACGAAGGUGUUGAGGGGAGGAUCAAGCAGGAGCACAGACUUUCCAAAGCGCACCAGAGGGAAACGCGACAGUCGCAGAGGAACGCGGCUAACGCCAGGGAGAGGGCGAGGAUGAGAGUGCUGAGCAAAGCUUUCUCCAGACUGAAAACCAGCCUGCCCUGGGUGCCAGCGGAUACCAAACUUUCCAAACUGGACACCCUUCGUCUCGCUUCUAGCUACAUUUCCCACCUUAGGCAGCUUCUGCAGGAUGACCGAUUCGAGAGCAGAUUUGCACACCCUGUCAGUCUGACCUGGCCAUUUAUGAUGACAGGAAGGUCAGAGGAAGACAUCUCAUCAUCUAUGAGACUUUGUGGAGCAACAGCUUAGGCGACACGUCUUCACCCACCAAGCUCAAGCUCUUCUGCUAAAACCUGAAAACAACAACAACAAUAAAAACAAAAAGGAGGGGCAUCAGUUUGACCCCGUUUUAACCACAUGCCCUAAACAAUGACUGUGAAUUUAAAACUAUUAUGUUUUACUGUGUGCAUGUUUGCUGAAAUCAGUAUUAUGUCACAUUUACACUGAGUGUAACAUCUAAUCUUCAUUUAUGCUUGAUUUUUUUUGUGUGUAAAAUUUGGAUUUAGCAAACGUCUUUAAUAUCUUUCACCCCAUCAGUCUGUGCACAGCAUAAACUGUUAUAUGGCUGAACACACUUUUGAUACAUUAAACAGUUUCGGCAGCUUGGCCUGUGCAUGA